AUGACUGCUCCUUCUGCUGUUGUUGCGUUGGACACAGGCUUUGGCGUACUGAGCGUUGCCGACCGUCUGUUGCUGCUCGUGACGAUUGGGCUGUUCCUGUCGCUGAGCGCCGUGUCGGGCCGCGUGCUGUUCCGACAGUACACGAACAAGCGCAAACGUCUCAUUAGCCUCGCGGCAGCGUCUCCAGAUGAAGCUCCAGGGACCGCUCUGUCCAGCAAAGGCCCUUAUUCGACUGCGUCGCAAGCUUCUGCCGCCCCUGCGAACGUCGUGGGUGGCUGCGAGUCUGCUCUGAUGGAGGAAGAAGGGGCAGCUGCGGCUUCGACAGGGUUCGAGAUGCGACAGCGGCUGUUUCUAUUGCUGUUUGCGGCAUCGAGUUUGCGUGUCUGCUCGUUGAUCACGGAAGUGGCGACGCUGGAGAUUGUCACGGAUCUGCCGUCCACGUCCGUUUAUUGCAGACUCUUGGCGCUGUUCUUGUGGCUUCCGUCGAUGCUGUUUGUGUCCAUGUAUGGACUCGUGCUGCUCUUCUGGGCACAGCUGUGCUACGCUUGUCGAGGCAAGGCUCACCCGUGGCCCCGAAGGAUCUUCUUCUUGUUCAAUGUGGUGUUGUAUGUUGGCUUUGUGCUGCUGGCUUCGCUCGCGCAGACGGUGGCAGGGUUUUGGAGAGGCUGCGAUGUAUUCCAGGGAGGCAUCUACUUUGUGGGACUGUUUGUCAUCCUGUAUUACAGCAUCCGACUGGUCGACUUUUUUCGCAACCAAAGCCCGGAUGACGAAUUUUUCUUCGACUUGUCGUCGGCAGCUAUGGGCAACAGUGCUGCGAAUGUUGGACGCGAACGAGGGUCGCCGUACACCAUUGCGGCCAUCUCACCGCGACAACUGGUACUGCGAAGGAUCACGGCUGUGUGCAUCCUGCUCUGCGUCCUUUUUCUUGUGAAGGCGGUGUAUCUGAUCGGAAUGGGCUCUGGCUACAUGGAGUCAAAGGAGGCACAGUUUCGCACACCUGUGGGUGUCCAUUACAUCGCGUUCGAGUUUGCCAUUCAUGUCUCCACCGAGUUUGUUCCCAGCGCGCUGCUGCUGUACUUUACGCGUCAAGACAAGCACUCGCCGUCGCAUCAACAACGUGUUCGAUCGUCAUCUGCCACCUCAGCCUCCGCAUCCUUAUCCGGCGGUAGCUACGGUGCGAACAAUGCACGAGACAAGCCCUCGACGCCAAAGUAUGCAUACGCACCCAUGCGUGGCGUCGCCUCCGGUCACCCCUACCAAGAGGAUACCGUGCCGAUGCUUUCUGGGUACCAAUAUCAGGCAACACAACGUGCCUAUGGAACAACGAGCAGCGCAGCGUCGAGUACUGCAGCGCACCUUCGCUCUAGCAAUAGUAGUGGUGCCUUCCUCCUUGAAAGCAUCAGCGGAAGUGCGUUUGGCAGCGCAGGCCCUAACACAGGCGCGAAAGGUCAUACAGCAUGUCACAACGGUUGA